AGUUUCCGUGCAUGGCACGGUAAGUGAAGUUAGCAACCCACCAACAAUUACAUUCCUAACAUAAUUUGCACGUACUUGCCAUAGCGCAUCACGUGCCCGUGCAGAACACGCACUCCGAACUCCCGCGCCCCGGCACGGGACCACGCGGAGCAUGCGCAUUACUCCGGCUCUCCAUGCUGUUUCUUCUUCAUCCUUGCUGCGCCAACAGUCAGAUCGCUUGACAACCUUGGCCAGUUUUUGAGCAGUUUUUGUUUGAGCUUGAGCAUUUUUGAGCAUUGAGCACUCUCCAUUUCCGAGCAACCAUGUCUGAAUCUCUGUCAAUGAACGACGCCAAGAAAAUGCGCUCUGUAGAGCUGCGACAAGAACUGGCGGCCCGCAAUUUAGACACGACGGGGACCAAACCCAGGCUGCUGACUCGCCUGCUCGAGUCAUUGGAGUUCACUGCAGCGCGCGAGGACUUGGCCACUCAGGCAGCCGAGCAGAACCUACCCCAGGCAACUGCUGCUCCGUCCCUGAGGGACAUUAUCCGGGAGGAAGUCCGUGCUGCCCUUGGAAAUCAGGCCGCAGCUCCAGCCCCGCCGGCAGCUCGCACAGCGGCACCCCCACCGCCAGCUCACGCAGCGGCACUCCCACGGCAAGCACCAGCAACUCCGCAGGACGCUCUGCCUGCUCCGCAUUUGGCGGCUGCCGUCUCACCGCCAAUGAACCCCGCAGGUACGGCGCUUCCGGACCCUCAACCCAACUGCCGACGCAGCGCCUACACCUCCAGCGCAGUCCACCCUCCAUCAGUUGAUGACGCAGCCAUGGAGCUCAUCCGUCACGGCCUGGCAGACAGCCCCAGCGCGACGUACGCUUCAGUGCAGCGUUCCUACGAACGCUUUGCUGCCCUACGGCAGGUCGCGCCGUACCCGGUGACGGAGCCCAGCCUGACUAACUUUCUGUAUUGGAAAUUCUCGUCCGGCUCGUCUGGCUCGUCUCUGAAACUCUACACCCAGGUGCUGAAGACCGCCGGCAGGUGGCAAAGCUCGGCCUACCUCCGCUAUGUCCGCACCCCUGUCGCAGACAGAGCAUUGCCAGCGGCAUCGUUCUAGUCUCUGCCCGUUAGGCUAAUGGGUAGCCGCAUUGGACGGCCCUAGCAACAGCGGUAGUGUACACAUGAUAUACCUACUAUACUAUAACUAUAGUAACGCUACUAUAACUAUAGUAAUGCCGAUAAUUCCUGUUUGGGUCAUGUUGUAUUUUUGGGAGAACGGUAGGGAUCGUGGGUCAGGCCGGCAUUGAGCCAAGUGCGCCUACAUGUGCUCACAAGUGCAUCCCUACCGUAUGCGUGUAUUGACACGCCGGGCAAUUGUUGCCCCCAUUAGCCCUGGCAUUGGCCAGUCUAACGCACAUUGGUGCUUGCGAUACUACGGCAUUGGUCCAUAGUAUUGCAUACUGCAUGCGGCAAUUGUUGCCUGCGAUACUACGGCAUUGGUCCAUAGUAUUGCAUACUGCAUGCGGCAAUUGUUGCCUGCGGUACUACGGCAUUGGUCCAUAGUAUUGCAUACUGCAUGCGGCAAUUGUUGCCUAUGCCCUGAUAAUACAACGCGUAAUAGCUCCCAAACAGGUCGGCUUGUGUGGUUGUUAAAUAUAAGUUUCCGUGCAUGGCACGGUAAGUGAAGUUAGCAACCCACCAACAAUUACAUUCCUAACAUAAUUUGCACGUACUUGCCAUAGCGCAUCACGUGCCCGUGCAGAACACGCACUCCGAACUCCCGCGCCCCGGCACGGGACCACGCGGAGCAUGCGCAUUACUCCGGCUCUCCAUGCUGUUUCUUCUUCAUCCUUGCUGCGCCAACAGUCAGAUCGCUUGACAACCUUGGCCAGUUUUUGAGCACCACCACCCACCCCAUCAUCUCUAACCAUCAUUAUAUUCUAAGCCAUCCCGGAAGGGAGAACGGUAGGGAUCGUGGGUCAGGCCGGCAUUGAGCCAAGUGCGCCUACAUGUGCUCACAAGUGCAUCCCUACCGUAUGCGUGUAUUGACACGCCGGGCAAUUGUUGCCCCCAUUAGCCCUGGCAUUGGCCAGUCUAACGCACAUUGGUGCUUGCGAUACUACGGCAUUGGUCCAUAGUAUUGCAUACUGCAUGCGGCAAUUGUUGCCUGCGAUACUACGGCAUUGGUCCAUAGUAUUGCAUACUGCAUGCGGCAAUUGUUGCCUGCGGUACUACGGCAUUGGUCCAUAGUAUUGCAUACUGCAUGCGGCAAUUGUUGCCUAUGCCCUGAUAAUACAACGCGUAAUAGCUCCCAAACA